AAUUCCACUGCCAGUAUUGAUUCCUGGUUACCCAGCUGCUCGUUUCAAGUCUACUCGUUUUGCAUAGUAGCGUGUGCUAUUAAGAAUGUCAGCAUGUAUGCGAUUUACUCGACGUGUAUGGAAGUCCUUUGUAGAAAACCAAGGCACGCAACGACACGACCAUCGAUGCUUUCCCAACCUUAAGAUCUUGAACGCCAAACCAGGUCUAUUGGAGGCUUCAGUCAAGAUAGAGCCUUACAACUUGAAUAGAGUAGGGACUGCACACGGAGGCUACAUCCUGAGCUUGACGGACACCCUGGGGUCGCUCGCGGUUGCCACGAAAGGCCAAUAUAUGACUGGAGUUUCGGUCGAUGUCGGUACCUCUUUUGUCAAACCAGCUGGUCGUGUUGGGGAGGAGUUGACCGCCAAGGCAAUUGUAACUGGUAUUGGUAAAUCUCUGGCCUAUACCCGUGUGGAUUUCUUCAACGCGCAAGGCCAACUUGCAGCGUAUGGAUUCCACACAAAGUAUAUUGGCAAGUCUUCAGGACAUAAGCACGACGUCAAGUUCUCGGAAGAUGGCGAGACUGUCAUAGAAGGAGAGGACCUCCCAGAAGACGUCGUGCCAUAAUGCGUAUUCUAGAACCAAUGAUCUUUUGUGAUAUGCUUUAGAUUGAAGAUCCGAUUGUUGUAUCGCCCUCAAUUCGAACAUCAGCCCCAUCAAGCACACACGGUACCCGACAAACAACAAUAAGGACGUCGGAAGGAACUCUUCAAUUGUUCAUUGCCUAACAAUACAUGUAGUUUUAUACUUGUCAAUCCUGUGAUUGUGUUCAAACAACUUCCUAUCCUACAACUCUUCCGUUG